GUACAUGCCUGUGUGUGUGUGUAUGUGUCACAAUGAAGCACCGGUCUAUCUCCCGAUGGCUGAGCCAGCUUGGAUUGCCGCAGUACUGCCCAGCGUUGGAGCAGGAAUAUGACGGUGUAGAGGACCUGCUCCACCUCUCAGAGUAUGACCUUUUGGAGCUUGGAGUGCACAAUCACCUCCACCGCCUGCACCUUCUCACUUCUCUAUGCCUCCUCCAGGAGCGAGAGCGGAGGAGAGAGUUGAGGAUGAUGGCAGAGGGGCGUUUUGCCAGUCUGCCCAGGUCCCUCCAUGCACACCACGCCCUUGGAGGAGGCACUGCACACACGGGAGUCCCCUCCACCUCCCUCGGUGUCCCCGGUAGCAGCACCUGCUCCUCCAGAGGGCUCCAGGCCUCCCUCGUCUCCUCCAUGGACCUCCUCAGCUCCAGAUCUGGUUUCCCUCCAGGUCAUGGCAGCGGCCUGUCAGAGCUGCCCGCUGCUGCCUACCAGCAAAUCUCCAUUCACGGUACUCUGCCUCGACGCAAGAGAGGAGGGGCAAACCUCAACCAUGGAAACUACACCUGGGACCCCAGAGCCAAUCACACACAGCACAUACUCUGCGGGAACACGUCACAGGCUCCCGGACACGCCCAUCAACCCUUGACCUCUCCGCUGGUGCAAAACAUCAUUGACGACUUUCAUGGUUACAGGGAGCCUGCUGCCGGCCUGGACGCCACGGUGGACUAUGUUAAGUUCUCCAGAGAUCAGUUCAUCGUGGACGGCCCUUCAGAGAAACUUCGCAGAGAGCUGGAGGAAGAACUAAAGAUGAACUGCGAGGAGCCGAGAAGCCAUGCAUGGUACCACGGAGCAAUACCCAGACAGGUUGCAGAAAACUUGGUGCAGCGUGACGGAGAUUUCUUGAUCCGUGAUUCGCUGUCCAGCCCAGGAAGUUAUGUUCUGACCUGCCAGUGGCGAAAUGCUGCCCAGCACUUUAAAAUCAACAAGAAGGUAUUGAUGUUGAACGAAGCGUACUCCAGAGUCGAGUACCGGCUGGAGAGGGAAGGCUUUGACAACGUCCCUGCACUUAUAAGAUACUAUGUUGGCAACAGAAACUCUGUCUCCCAGGUGGUAGGAGCCAUUAUCUUCCAGCCGAUUAACAGAGGGCUGCCGCUGCGCUGCUUAGAGGAAAAGUACGGGCUGUCCAGCCAUCAUCGGGAGACGAUUAUAGCGCAGGAGAGGCGGAAUCAGAAGCGCCUCAGCCUCAACAUUACCAACGGACACACACACGACAAUACGCGCGCCGUGCAUGACGGCACACACUGCCGGGACAAUGGCACAAGCCGGAGCAGCCAGCUCAGGUCGAAGGAUCGCUGUGGCAGCCAACCAGCAAGUCUCAAUCAGGUCCCAGAGAGGCGACGCCCGCUCAAGGCGCACCAAUCAGAAAGCUACCUGCCUCUUGGAUCCAAACCUGACCCUCUCCUCCCAAGCCCCAACCCCAAGUCUCCAGUCUUUCGGACGGGCAGUGAGCCGGUGCUGAGCCCCUCAGUCCCACGGAGAUCUGCAGAGCUUCUGGCAGGCCAGGCCAUCCGAGGAUCUGACAGCCAGCUGUGUCCCAAACCGCCUCCCAAACCCAGCAAGGUGCCGCUGGCUCGACUGCCUCGCUCCCCCGGCCUUCUCCCCUCCAGCUCCUCCAGCCUCACAGACUCCUCCUCCACCUCCCCCAGGCUGACUGCACCUCCCCUGGACUCCACGUGUGUGGAAACUCUUGGUUCUACAUGGAUGAAUGGAGCCACCACAGGCCCUCCUGUACCUCCAGUGAAACCCCUGAAGUUCCUCCACCAGCUCCUGCCCGCAGACUCCUACAGCUCCUCACUUUCACCAGCUGAACAGUAUUCAGAUUCAGAGGCAAAAACAAGGUGGACUGAGCGGCUGCAGCCGAGCCCUGCAGAGCUGAGGUCCUGUAGGGACCCCAACACAGACCUGGACCUUCAGCCUCUGCUCUGCAGCUACGUGGAGAGACUGAGGAGAGAGGGGGAGGUAGGGAGACAGGAGGAGACGGAGGAGACGGAGGCGGGAGGAACGAGAGGACUGGAUAGAAGCUCCUAUCAUCACGCCAUCGCUGCUUUAGAAAACACCAGCGAGGAAGAAGAGGAUGACGCGGGGAGGGAGGAGGAGAAAGACAAGGGGAGCAGUUUCCAGCGGCCGGUCGAAGAGACGGAGUCGUCGUUCCGGCCGGCAGAGUUCGGAUCUCGACUCCUGCCGCCGGAGAACAAACCGCUGGAGAUGGUGGUGCUGAAGAGAGCGAAGGAGCUGCUGCUCAGCCACGAUCACCGUAGCAUCGCUAGACACCUGCUGAUGGCCGACUGCCAGGUUGCGAGGAUAGAUGGGGUGACUCCAGAGGUUAAAGGUCAGAUGGGCGUGUCCUCCGGUCUGGAGCUGGUGACGCUGCCACACGGGCGACAGCUGAGGCUGGACCUGAUGGAAAGACACCACACCAUGGCGAUAGGCGUUGCCGUGGAUAUUCUGGGUUGUACGGGCAGCGCAGACGAGCGGGCGUCCACCUUAAAUCGCAUCAUCCUGGUCGCAUUGGAGCUGAAGGACACGGUGGGCGACUUGUUCGCUUUCACGGCCCUGAUGAAAGCCCUGGACCUGCCGCAGAUCAGUCGUUUGGAGGAAACAUGGACCACUCUACGAAGGAACUACACACAGACCGCCAUCAACUACGAGAAAAUACUCAAACCUUUCUACAAGAAUCUGUAUGAGGGCACAGCUUCCUCCCCUCCGGUGGCCUGCGUCCCCCUCCUGCUGCCCCUCCUCACUUUGAUGGAGCGUCCGUCAACCACUCCUGAGGGGGCGGAGCUCUGGGAGACCAGCGACCAGGGCUGUGACAUCAUGCUGCGCCACCUGGAGGCUGCACGCGACGUCGCAGAUAACGCACACAGCUACACGGUUAACACACAGAAGAUCUUAAAAGGAUUCACAUGCGAUGAAGACCUGUUGGAGGUGUUUAAAACAGACUUUCAGCUGCGGCUGCUGUGGGGAAGCCGUGGAGCGUCAGUCAACCAAUCAGAUCGCUACAACAAAUUCAACCUCAUCCUCACGGCGUUGUCACGGAAACUGGAGCCCCCGCCCAAAACACAAACAUUAAUCUGACUUCACCUGGACAACAACUCUGUGACAUCCGGACGCACUUUGGACUUAAGAGAAGGAGAGAAGUAAACUGUGACGAGGCAGAAAGUUGAUCAGAGAACGAUCUGAUGAGGAAGAGGAUACUCUUCAAAAUCAAACAUCAUAAACAGUAAAAUAAAACAAUUACUCAAUCCCCCACAACUAUCAGACGUCACCUAUAAAAACACACACACACACACACACACACACAGGUCACUAAAUUCCUCCAUGUGUUGGUGAAAGAAAUCCUCCAAAAACAAAAGGUGAAAUCUGCCGCUUGGUCAGAGCUAAACUUUCAGUGGCUGAUAUUUGUGUGAAAACAGAGCAGACAAGAGAGGCUGAAAGGGAGACGUUGGUUUAGAAACUUUGCUCUUUUUCCUGAACAGUUUUAUAUUUACUCUGACAUUCCAGUUAGUGGAGAACAUAAUUAUAUAUUAAGACUAAAGGAGAAAAACAGCAAAUAGAUAUAUCUUGUGACGAAUACAUUAGGAGUAAAAUGUCAGUUUUAUAAACGCAGGAAGGAAAUGUUCCUACGUCUGUGUAUAUUGUCUAGAUAGAAAUAAAAAUUGUAUUUAAGAGUUUCAA